UGCCUUCCUUAAAACUUCAUAUAAAAUCUGAAAUGAAGAUUUUUUUCAAUAUCUUUUUAUUUUUUCGUGUCUUUUCUAGUUUCAGCUCUCAAACAUCUUCAAAUAAAGAAGAGGUGAUAAACAGUGGUCAACAGAAUAAUGGAGAUACGAAGCCAAUCCAGAAUUUCUCAACAAUACCAAUCACACAGGCUCUCAACUACAAUCUGACCAGACAAAGGCAUUUAGGAAACGAACCUUGGAUUGCAUUCAGCCAUCAUAGACCAGUUAAUGUCUCUGUAGAUGGAAUUCCUUGCAUUCUCUUCUGGUCCAGAAGAAUAAUAAUUAAAUUUAAGAAUCAGAGCUGGCUGGACCUUACAGAUGAAGCUUUUGGCCAGAAAGCAACAGUGAAUGCUGUCAACUCAAGCUGCAGUGAAGAAAGUGCCACGUUGUCUCUGAAGUUUGGUGACGCUGAAUAUCCCAAAGGUCUUGGUAUCAGAUUCUCCCUUACCAAUUACAGGUCGUCUAUCCAGAGCUGGUUUAGUUUGCACCGAGUUGAGAUUAUUUUCAAUAAUUCAAUCCAAGCAACUUUUAAUGCAACUGACAUAUAUGCUCCAUCAAGUUAUUCAUACCACUGUCACCGAGUCAGCAGCCUGCAACGCUAUGAUGCUCUCUUGUUGCCCAGUGACAUGGAUGAUAUAUCAAGUCUGUGGGAAGUCACUUUUGUUGAUUUCCAGAUCCAAGGCUUUACCAUUAAGGGGGGACAGUUUGCCAGGACGCGAGACUGCACGUCUUCCUUCUCUCCAGCCAUUGUAAUCGGCCUGGCGAUGUCCCUGAUCCUGGUGCUCGUGCUGGCCUAUGCCCUGCACGUGCUCUUCUACCUGCGGUACCUGGACCGGCACUACGAUUUCAUCGCCUCUCCAGCCCACUUCCCCCAGCUGAAAGCUCGAGAUGCAGCAGAAGAGAAGGAGCUGCUGAGGAGCCAGGGAGUCGAGUGCUAUGAACUAAGAAGCCAACAGAUAUGCAAAAUUUACAUUUGAUAGCACAGGCCCCCUCUUCCUCACGAAGUUCACAGUGGGCUCUGAAAGGAGGUGUUUCUGUUCUGUGCUGUUUGACUUGUGACACACGGUUUUCACUAAAUGGCUUUUUUUAAAAAAAAGAAAAUACAUGCAAAGAGUACAUUUUGAAGCAUCCAUUGGCUGACUUAGAUAGACCUGGGCAAUGAAAAAGGUUAUCUCAGGAAUCCCACAGAGAUCAAUAUGACUGUUGCCCCAGGGCUACCUUGAAAGCAAAGGGAUGUUUCCAGUUAGGAGAUGAAGAGUGAUGCGAUUUAGAGAAGGGAAGAUACACUUGGUCUUCCUCAUCCAUGCUUGUUUGGAAGUUCAGAAUUUAAAAUAUUUUUUAAUGUAGUUUGUAGUUUUCAGAAAUUAUAUCCCAACUUUAUUUUAAAAAAUAGUUUUUUCUCUUCACAGAACUGUUUAGGGAAGACGCCUGUCAGUAUGGUAGAACACCUUAUUCAGGGGCUUUCUUGUCAUUUACUUUGCUGUUCAGAGGCAGCCCAGGCCAGUCCCUGCAGGAGGCGUGACAGUCCUGGAAGUAGCCUUCCUUCCUCAUCCAGCUGUGGUGCCACUGUUUGUCUCAGUUGUCUGACUUAGACCUCCACCAGCUCUCCCAGGUACCGCUUCAAAUAAACGGCUGCACGGAGGAAGAACUGUGUUCGUUAUGCCAACACAGCUGAUUUAUGCCACAAAAGACUUGGGGAAUAUAUAUAUGUGGGAAUGGAUUCUGAAGAUGCUAGUUCAGAGAGCGAUGUGUGUAGUUUUAGACUGGGCUGAAUUUUUUGAAGUAGGUUCUCUUCCCAGAUUUUGGAUCAGAUGUGCUGGUUUGAGCAGCUGGGAGUAUUUCCAACAGUUUACUAGGUUGAUUAUGAUCUGAACUCAACAGUAACAUGCACUAAAUGAAAUAAACCAGAAAUUCUUGGUAUAAUACAGAGAAAGAAAAUAAAUUUGAUAGAGAAUUGGGAUGUAGGAAUAGAUUUAUCAUGUCAUGACCGGCUCUCCAUCCCCCUAACUCUUUUCCUCUGUGGAGGCCCAGAGGACACUCCUUUUGUCAUAAACUGAAAAAGGCAUUGGGAACAUGGUAUCAGCAUUUUUGAAGUGUGCUCCACUGGCCAUCCCCUGUAGGAUGUGGAUGAAGAGAGGGACUGCACUGGAAUCCUUAGGCUCAGUGGGGAACACUGAGGUCUUGUAGUGGCAGAGGUCACAUAGCAGCACAGUAGCCUUACAGGGCUAAAGGGCUGGAGUGUUAGAUUAAAUUGUUUGUUGUAAUAAAGUGGUCUAUGAGAGAUGUGGCUGGCAGGCCCCUUCAGGACAUGUGCAGCAGAAGAAGCAACAUCCAUCUGGUGUGAAAGGACCUCACAUGAGGCAUCGUGGUGGAUUCCCAGAGCUGCAUGUUCAUGACUCAGGAAGAGAGCCCUUGACUGAAGAGGAGACCUCUUUAAAAAGGGUCUUUGUGCUCCUUAUUUAAUGUUGAGCAUUAUUGUGAACAAUUUUAUGCUUGUCCAUUGGGUAUAUACCAUUUUGUAUCACUUCUGAUGUAUUUUUAUCUUCAGAAGCAGAACUAACACACAAUUCCCAUGCAUGCCUUCUUUAUUAACACAACAGGUGUGUGAUUAUCGCCCUGUAAUUGUAAGUGCUACAGGAGUAUGACCUAAAAGAGGCCUGUCUUCCACAAAGGUCUAGAACAAUAUGGCAGAGAAAGUGAUGGUUGACAUGAGUAGAAGCUGACCAGGUGGGUAACAUGGAGAAGGACAAAUAUGGCAGAAGGAAACACAUAUGCAAAGACCAGAGGUUAGGAGAACUAUGAUAUGUGUAUAUGGGCAGGCACAUACAAUGUAUUUAGAGGGAUGAAAGAUGGUGUUGGAAAUGAAGAGAGGGAACAGGUCACUGUGCUCAACUAAAGACUUAGAAUCUUGACUUGAGGUAAUGGAGAGACCCUUGAGAGGAUUUUAAGCAAGGUGAUUACAUGGUGUAAAAAUGUGAGUAAAAUAAGACAGAUAUGUCAGGAAAUUAUUGCAAUAGUUUGGAUAAAAAAACAAUAGGACCUACAUCAAUACAGGUGUAAGGAAGGAGCUGGGAAAGGUAUUUAGGAAGUUGGUACAAUAAGACUUGGCAACCAGUUGGCAAGCCACAUUGACUGGUAGGUAUCUUAUCUGGGGUGCUGGGUGGAUGGUGAUGCUAGUCUCCACAAUCAGGGAGAAACAGGUAAGGGUAGGCGAUGGAAGAUUCCUCUAGAUAGGUCCUAUGAUAAAGGUCCAAGUAGAGAAUUACAUAUAUGAAUCUGGGGCAAAAAUUAGGAAAUCUGGAGUAGAAAUAGAAAUAUGAAAAUGUAGCAGUGCUGCCAGUGAUCCCGCCAGUAUUCCUAUGCACCUUUCAGUGCGUCCUGCCCCAUCCAUUCAUUGCCAGUAACUUCCCUCAGAGGCUGCUCUGCCUGCGGUCAUUGAAGGCUGGAGCUGCUGAGGAAUUAAUGCCCCCUGGAGUGGCCCUCAUGUAGUGACUCUUGGGAGUUGUGUAUAAAUACCCCAGCUUAUUUGCUCCUUGACUGGAAUAAUUUUAGAGUGGGUUCUACACAAUUUCCUGGAGUUCCCCAGCAAGACUAAAGUCCAUUGUGUUACCUAUCUUGCUUGAUAAUGUUCUCUUUAUUAACUCUCUUCUCUGCCCUAUCUUACUUCCUUGCUCCCCUAAUGUUGCUUCCUUAUAUCACCUC